AUGUGGCCCUUCCUCAGCCGCGCUCUCUUCCCGCCCCCCACCGAGGCCUGGCUCCGGAGGGCUUCCUCGGACCCUGAGGCCCAGGGCUGGGGGGCCUGGAGCCAGACCCAGAAGACCCCUCUGGGCUUGGGGGCUGGGGAGGAGGAGGAGACGGGGAAAGUGGAGGAAGACAAUGAGGAAGAUGUGGGCAUCCUGCUGUCUCUCUUGGAGAGAGGGCACCUGGCCCAGGGCCCGGGACCAGACCAGGAGCUGGAGGCCAUCAAGCUGAAGCUGUGGGCCUUGGAGCAGGCCCAGGGCCUGGAGCGGGGAGCGGAAGACGCUGGGGCCCUGCUGGCCGGGCAGCUGUUGAGCCCCGAGACAGGUAGGACCCCUCUCUCCAUAGACACCCCCACAGAGACGCUGGAGGCCGACCACAGAUCCGUCUACGUCGGCAAUGUGGACUACGGGGGCACGGCCCAGGAGCUGGAGGCCUACUUCAGCCACUGCGGGGAGGUCCAGCGGGUCACCGUCCUGUGCGACAAGUUCUCCGGACACCCCAAGGGCUACGCGUACAUAGAGUUUGCCACCGAGGGCUCAGCCCAGGCCGCCGUGGAGCUGGAUGAGAGCGUCUUCCGAGGCCGGGUCAUCAAGGUGCUGCCCAAAAGGACCAACUUACCAGGGAUCAGCUGCACGGACCGCGGGGGCCUUCGGGGACACCCAGGCGGCCGGGGGGGCCCCUUCCCCCACAGCAGCCUCCAGGGCGGGGCCCGGUUCAGACCUCGAGGGCGGAGCCGGUGGGCGGGGCGCCGGGGGCGGGGCUCUGGGGCGCCGAAGAUGCGCCCCGUGGUGUUCGCCGUGUUGAAGGGAGGACCCGACUUCGAGAGGGGGCCGCGGCUGGCUCGGGCGCCCACAGCCGCGCUGCUCGCGGGACCACGUCCUCCGCGCGGAGCCACCGCCCCGCGCCCUGCCGUCGGCGAGAGGGCGGCCCAGGCCGCGGCCGAAGCCAGCGAAGCAGCGCGCGGGGCGGGCCUGGCGGGCGCCGGGCAAGGCUGCGGGCGGGGAGACCCACGCAGCCGGGGUCGGCUCCGGGUCGGCGUGCCCAGCGCUGUCCCGCUAACGCCUUUUAUGGAAAAGUAA